GCAAUGCUGUUCUGUGCUGCAUGGCUCAUUUUCAACAUUGCUUUAAGUGACCAGAAGGAUCUUUGUCAAAUGCUGGGGACCCCUGAAUACCCCCUGCUUUCCAAGGGUGGUGAUGUUACUAUUGGAGGAGCUUUUUCCAUACACAGCCAAAUAUCAGUGUCAGCACCCUCCUUCAAAAAAGACCCAGAACGUCCAGCUUGCACCAGCCUUAACCUCAGAGAAUUCCGUUUUGCUCAGACCAUGAUCUUUGCUAUUGAAGAGAUUAACAACAGCAGCAGUCUACUGCCCAACAUAUCCAUUGGAUAUAAAAUCUACGACAGCUGUGGAUACACUCUGUCCUCCAUGAGGACAGCUAUGGCUCUGAUGAAUGGAGAGGAGGGAAAGGAGGGAAAGCUGUGUUCUGGCAGUCCUGCAGUACAUGCCAUUAUAGGAGAAUCUGAGUCCUCCACAACCAUAGCCAUGGCAAGGAUUACUGGCCCUUUCCACAUUCCAGUGAUCAGCCACUUUGCAACAUGCGCAUGCUUGAGCAACAGAAAAGAAUUCCCCACAUUCUUCAGAACCAUUCCCAGUGACUAUUACCAGAGCAGAGCACUGGCUCAGCUGGUGAAGCACUUUGGCUGGACAUGGGUAGGAGCAGUGAGAAGUGACAAUGACUAUGGCAACAAUGGGAUGGCUACAUUUUUGGAGGCUGCCCAAUAUGAGGGGGUAUGUAUUGAGUAUUCUGAGGCUAUUUCGAGAACAAAUCCAAGAGAAAAGAUUGCUAGGGUCGUUGAAAUUAUUAAAAGGUCCACUUCAAAUGUACUGGUGGCCUUCCUGGCCCAGGGGGAGAUGGAAGUGUUACUAGAGGAAGCUUUAACUCAGAACGUGACAGGGCUGCAGUGGGUGGGAAGUGAGUCCUGGAUCACAGCCAGACAGCUAGCUUCCCAGAGAGCAUCUACAGUCAUAAGCAGUGCAAUUGGUUUCACCAUCAAAAAGUCUAAAAUACCAGGCCUCCGGAACUUCUUGACAAAUGUCCAUCCCUCUAAAAGCCCAAGCAAUGCUCUCCUGAGAGAGUUCUGGGAGGUGGCAUUCGGAUGCAAGUUUUCCCCUCAGUUGUCCAAUACGAAGAUGUGCUCAGGCUCAGAGAAACUGGCUGAGCUAAACAACCAGUACACGGAUGUCUCAGAGCUCAGGAUUUCCAACAAUGUGUAUAAGGCUGUGUAUGCCGUGGCCCAUUCCCUUCAUAACCUACUGGCAUGUGAAACCCCCGAGAAUCACACAUGUGCCAGGAAGGAUAUCGAACCUGGCCAGGUUGUACAUUAUCUUAAAGGUGUAAAUUUCACGACUGGCACUGGCGAUCAUGUGUACUUCAACUACAAUGGAGAUCCAACUGCACAAUAUGAACUGGUCAACUGGCAGCAAAAUGAUGUUGGAAAGACAGAGUUUGUGACUGUGGGUUACUAUGAUGCAUCACUUACAAGUGGACAGCAGUUUUCCAUCAAUCCCACCAAAAUUUUGUGGGCUGGUGAUCCCUUCACAAAGCCAAAGUCAGUGUGCAGUGAGAGUUGUCCCCCAGGCACUCGGCAGGCUGUGAUUAGAGGGAAACCCAUUUGCUGCUUCUCCUGUGUCCCGUGUGCCGCUGGGGAGAUCAGCAACACCACUGAUGCUGUUGAUUGCACGAAGUGUCCUCUGGAAUACUGGUCAAGUGAAGACCGUAGCCAUUGUGUUCUGAAGCAAGUGGAGUUCCUUUCAUUUGGAGAGACCAUGGGAAUUGUGCUAACUGUGUUCUCUGUUACUGGUGCUUGUUUAACAUCAGGAAUCGGUCUAAUUUUCUUUCUUUUCAAAAAAACCCCCAUUGUGAAAGCCAACAAUUCAGAGCUGAGCUUCCUGCUGCUCUUUUCAUUGAAACUGUGUUUCCUUUGCUCUCUUACCUUCAUCGGCCGGCCCUCUGAGUGGUCCUGUAUGCUGCGCCACACUGCGUUUGGGAUCACCUUUGCUUUAUGUAUUUCUUGCAUCCUAGCAAAGACUAUAGUUGUGGUGAUGGCCUUUAAAGCUACAGUUCCAGGUAGCAAUGUGUCACAGUGCACUGUGCCCUUACAGAGGUUCAGUGUGUUUGGCUCCACACUCCCACAAGUGGUGAUAUGCACUCUGUGGAUAGCACUUGCCCCUCCAGUUCCACACUCUCGCUUCACAGAGAAAAUCAUUCUAGAAUGUGAUGUAGGAUCAGCAGUGGGGUUCUGGGCUGUAUUGGGUUAUAUUGGGCUCCUCUCUAUAUUGUGCUUUGUUUUAGCUUUUCUGGCUCGUAAGCUGCCUGACAACUUCAAUGAAGCCAAAUUCAUCACAUUCAGCAUGCUCAUAUUCUGUGCAGUCUGGAUCACUUUUAUACCAGCUUAUGUCAGCUCACCAGGAAAGUUCACUGUAGCUGUGGAGAUCUUUGCAAUUUUAGCUUCUAGUUUUGGCUUACUGUUCUGUAUCUUUCUCCCAAAAUGUUAUAUAAUAUUAUUCAGACCGGAGCAAAAUACAAGAAGACAUUUAAUGGGUAAAAAAGAUAUGAAAUCUCAGUGA